AUGGGAAAUGAUAAGGCUGCCAUAGACAACUUCAAGGAUUAUUUACAUGCUACCUUUCACAUUAAAGACUUAGGAGCACCUAAAUAUUUCAUUGGAAUUGAAAUUGCUCGAUCUGAUCAAGGAAUUUCUCUUAGUCAACGGAAGUUUGUCUUAGAAUUUAUAUCAGAAGUAGGUUUAUCAGGAUGCAGACCAACUAUGAUUCCUAUUGAGCAGAACAUUAAAUUGACUACUGCAGAAUAUGAUAGGGGUAUAUCACAAAACGAUGAUCCCAUACUCAAAGAUCCAUCAGGGUAUCAAAGACUUGUCGGGAAGCUCAUAUACCUGACCACGACUAGACCUGAUAUCUCUUAUGCAGUACAUACACUUAGUCAGUUCAUGCACAGUCCAAAGCGAUCUCAUUUGGAAGCUGCAUUGAAGGUUGUGAAGUAUUUGAAAAAGUGUCUAAGACUUGGAAUUCUUUGGUCCAAACAAUGUGAUAUGAAGAUGAGGGCAUACUGUGGUGCUGAUUAUGCUACGUGUCCUACUAGCCGAAGAUCAGUCACUGGAUACUGCAUCAAAUUAGGAGAUUCACUUCUCUCAUGGAAGACCAAAAAGCACCUUACUGUAUCCUUGUCUUCGGCCGAAGCUGAGUACCGAGCUAUGGCAAAAACCACUUGUCAGGUAGUGUGGAUACGAGGGUUGCUUAAGGACCUCAGAAUACAAGUAUGA